AGUUUCUUAGAAAAAGACACACGGCUCGAAGCCUAAAAAGCCAACCUCAGCACUUCCCUUCGAUUUUCAUCACUUUCUCAAUUUCUCCUCCUUCCAUUUUUUUCUCUCUCGCUUUACCAAAAACCCGUCCACGAAAAUUAUUUUUCUCAUGAUCAAAACCCUAAUUCACUCGAUUCUUUGAGAUUUCAAGAGAUUUUUGGGCAAUGGGGGAGAAGAAGAAAGAGGGAAACGAGUUACAGAGGAAACCCCACUUCUUCAAGGUUUUGAUUGGAGAGUUCAAACUACGGCUGAAGAUGCCGCCAAACUUCUUGAAGCAUAUAUCAAAUGAAGCAUCACAAAAAGCCAUGCUUGAGGGUCCCAAUGGGUGCAGUUGGCCUGUGGAGAUUACUAGAUCCUUUGAUGGAACAUUCAUAUCCAGUGGAUGGUCAAAGUUUGUUGAAGAUCACUCCUUGAAGGAGCAGGAGUUCCUAGUCUUCAGGUACAAUGGGAAUAUGCAUUUCAGCAUUCAAGUUUUUGACACAACUGCAUGUGAGAGAGAAGACUUGUUUCCAAUUCAAUCCUACAUGAAGCCGAAGUUACCCAAAGAAAGGAAGAAAAGAGGUAGACCGAGAAAGCAUCCUCUGAAUGUUGUCUGUCAUAUUGAGUGUAAGGAAACCAAGAGUGAGCCUCAGGAACUUCCUACAUGUGAUGGUCAUGAAGCCAAACACAUGCAAGAUGAUAUUAUCAACUCAGUGGAAGAUUCCUUUUUAUCCUAUCAGAAGCUGAAGCUAACCAAAGGAGGGAAGAAAAGAGGCAGACCGAGAAAGCAUCCUCCAGAUGUUGUCCGUUGUGUAGAGCAUCAUGAAAUCAAGAGUGAACACAUGCACGAUGAUAUUAUCAAUUUAGUCGAAGAUUCCUUUUUAUCCUGUAAGAAGCUGAAGCUAACCACAGGAGAGAGAAAAAGAGGUAGACCAAGAAAGCAUCCUCCAGAUGUUGUCCAUCAGAUAGAGCAUCAAGAAACAAAAGGAAGUCGUGUUGCAACUCUUAGUCCUAAUGAAGAAGGGAAAGUAAAACUUGAAACAGAAGAACUAUCGUCUAGUUCGAUUGCUUCAGAAAACCCUAAUGAAAGAGGGUAUUUUUCAAGAAGACGCCUAGUGACGACAACAGAACAAUUGCGAGCUGAAGAAGCUGCUAGGUCCUUCAGCUCAGAUCUUCCCUUUGUAAUUAGACCCAUGGCACUUAGCAGCAUUUACGAGCGAAUGAGGUUCCCACUUAGCUUCUCAAAGAAACACCUCCCUCGUAAAAAGACAAGCAUGACGCUGAGGGAUCCAAAUGGAAGGUCAUGGACAGUGGCCUACGUUGCAGCCGAGAAAGAUAGAGAUCGUCUCUCUAUUGGGUGGGGUGAAUUUGCUCAGGGUAAUAAUCUCGAUGUCGGUGAUUAUUGUGCUUUUGAGCUCAUAGGUCCAAAUGAAAUGAGAGUGCAUAUCUUCAGAGCAGUUGAGGAUACCAUUCCAGCAGUUGAGGAGACCGCUCCAGCGGUUGAGACACCUGAAAUUGUGGGGCUGGAUUGAUCUAGUUGCUGUUUUCUCUAUGAUCUGAAACAAUUGUGAAUAUGAUGAGCUCUUUAGAUAUCUAUGAUGAUGGGUCUAAUAAAGUAAUGGAGUGUCUGAUACACCUUAAAAACAUGUCUUUUGAGAUAAGGGGGUUCCCUAUUGGAUGUAAACUUGUUUGAUAAUUUAUUUAUCUUUAAUUCUAAAUCGUACUUUUUGCCGUA